CGUUCUUUUGUUCACUAACAUAAGUAGUUAGCACACAGGUAACCUGUAAUCACAUAUCCACUUUUCCAGCUUUGUAUCAACUGUUGAAGUAGACAAGUCAUUUUCUUAAUCAUUCAUUCUUGGCUACCUGUUUCUCAGUAGUUAGUUGAUGGUUGAUAUGAAAUAAAUGUGAAGCAAUGAAUUUUGCUGCUUCGACAGUUUGAAUUAGUAGUACUAUUAAUUAACUACAUGCAUUUCAGUAUGUGCUUGAAUACAAUAUUCAGCAUGGAUCCUGAAAUCCAAAGCUUCAUCAAGGUGUGGUUCACUGCAAUUUUAUCUAUGAUUUACUGCUACUGCAUCUCGGUCCGCCUACGUGGUGGCGCCACCAGGUUAUUCUCUCUCCUCCCCGUCAUCUAUCUGUUCACCACCCUCCCGCUCCAUCUCACCUCCAUCCACAUUGGUGCUGCUACUAUUUUAUACCUUGUUUGGCUUGGAAACUUCAAGCUCCUUCUCUUCUCCUUCGAUCAAGGCCCUCUAUACGCGACGCCGCCUUUGUCCCUCUUCCAUUUCAUCUCCAUAGCGCUCCUUCCCGUCGAAACCAAGCACAACUCAUCUUGCAAAUCAAAUGCCAAAGUCUAUCAUCAACCAGUUGCGUCUGCUGUUAAGGUUGCUCUUCUGGCUAUAUUUACUCGUAUAUACGAGUACAUGGAGAAUGUGCAUCCGUAUAUAUUAUUUACUCUGUAUUGUUGCCAUCUUUAUCUUGCUCUCGAGGUGAUUUUAGCCAUUACCGCAGUUCCGGUGAGGGCCAUUCUUGGACUGGAUCUGAAGCCACAGUUCAACGAGCCAUAUUUGGCCACAUCACUGCAAGACUUUUGGGGCCGUAGAUGGAACCUCACCGUCAGCAGUAUUCUACGCACUGCCGUAUAUCAACCUGUACACAGUAUUUCUACACGUAUUUUAGGCAGCAAUUGGGCGCGGCCUUCGGCCACCAUGGCCACAUUCUUGGUGUCUGGUCUCAUGCAUGAGGUGAUUUAUUAUUACUUAUCAGGUGCAUAUCCCACAUGGGAGGUGACGAGGUUCUUUGUUCUUCAUGGGAUUUGUGUGGCCCUCGAGAUGGCCGUGAAAAAGGCAUUGGGCGGCCGUUGGCGGUUGCACAGGUUGGUUUCGGGGCCGAUGACGGUGGCAUUUGUAGGAGUCACGGGCGUGUGGUUGUUUUUACCACAGGUGAUUAGGCAUGGUUUAGACAAAAAGGCCAUAAGUGAGUAUACAAUUUUGACACAAUUUCUUCUUUGGAUUUUGUGUCUAUGUGUGAUAUCAAAAACCCUUCUCAUAUAAUCUAUUUAUUUCAAAAUAAGUAUCUUAUUCUUUCGAGCUCA